AUGGUCCUCUACACGAGUUGUAUAUUAAAGCAUUCAUCCACUUGGACGGUGAAUAAUUUCCUCAUGACUGGACCAAAGGCUUUUCUUACCUAUGCAAGCAGCGUGCAAGUGGGUGCGCAAAGUGGAAUACUGGAGUGCAAACACCAGUUUGCUUGGGAAAGAUGGAACUGUCCACACAGUACCCUUCAGCUGUCCACGCAUAACAGUCAUCGUAUUGCUACAAAAGAGACGUCCUUUGUUCAUGCCAUCAGUGCUGCAGGAGUGAUGUACACUCUCACUAAAAACUGCAGCAUGGGAGACUUUGACAAAUGCGGUUGUGAUGAUUCCAGAAUUGGACAGACAGGUGGAAGAGGAUGGAUUUGGGGAGGCUGUAGUGAUAAUGUGGCGUUUGGAGAGAAGAUCUCCAAGCAGUUUGUGGAUGCAUUGGAAGAUGGCCAUGAUUCGCGCGCUGCGGUCAACCUGCAUAACAACGAGGCUGGGAGACUAGCAAUUAAAGCUACAAUGAGGAGAGCCUGCAAGUGUCACGGUGUGUCAGGGAGCUGCAGCAUCCAAACAUGUUGGAUGCAGCUGGCCGACUUCAGAGAGGUGGGCGCCUAUCUGAAAAUAAAGCAUUCCCAAGCCAGGAAGCUGGAAGUGGACAAGAGGUCGAUGAGAGCCGGCAACAGCGCUGACAACAGAGGUGCCAUUACGCACGCUUUCCGCAACAUUCCGCGGACAGAGCUCAUUUUCUUCGAGGACUCCCCGGAUUACUGCGUUAGGAACCAGAGCCUAGGCUUCAAGGGCACCGAGGGUCGGGAGUGUCUGAAGGGGGACAAGAGCAUGUCCCGGUGGGAACGAAAGACCUGCCGCAGGCUCUGCUACGAAUGCGGCCUCCGAGUGGUGAAGAAGCACAUGGAAGUUGUCAGCAGCUGUAAUUGCAAAUUCCACUGGUGCUGCACGGUUAAAUGUGACAAAUGCACUCAAACUGUAACGAAAUAUUACUGUGCGCGCAAGGACAGUGGCAGAAAAGCGCAUAACAAUGCACAACGAAAGCAUCGUGCGCGUGGACAUUGA